UGUGAGUGGUAGGUUCUGUCGCGAUUUUCCGUAAAACAGUUUAUUGACAACAAUAAAAUAAACACGUAAAUAAAUUAUAUGUGAACAUUAUUGUUAUUGUAUACUAAAAAGUGGAGUGAAAAUAUGGCUACACAGCCAGAAGUCGGCGUGUCCGACUUUGUCUUGUUGGACAAUUUGACAACGGACAACUUUGUUGAGAAUCUUCAGUUGAGAUUCAAAAGCAACAAAAUCUACACAUACAUUGGCGAGGUGCUGGUGUCUGUAAACCCAUACAAAUCGCUGGACAUCUAUGGACCGCAGCACAUGGCACAGUACAGGGGGCGGGAGAUGUUCGAAGUCUCGCCCCAUGUGUUCGCGGUGGCUGAUGCCUGCCAGAGGGUGUUACGUCAACAGGGUAAAGAUACAUGCGUACUUAUAUCGGGCGAGUCUGGAUCGGGCAAGACUGAAGCAUCCAAGUUCAUAAUGAAGUAUAUAGCGGCGAAUACAACACAAGUGCACAGAGAUUACAUAGACAGGGUAAAAAACGUAUUGAUUCAAUCAAAUUCAAUAUUGGAGACAUUUGGAAAUGCAAAAACAAAUCGGAAUGAUAACUCGUCGAGGUUCGGCAAAUAUAUGGAUAUACAUUUUGACUACAAAGGGGACCCUGUGGGGGGUCACAUCAGCAUCUACCUCUUGGAGAAGAGCAGGGUGGUCAGCCUGCAGCAGGGGGAGAGGAACUUCCACUCGUUCUAUCAGUUACUCAGCUCAAACAACGCGCAAACGAAAAAGUUCGGCCUGAACUCGAGUGGCACGUACAAAAUACUGGGCAGCGAGCGGAGCACCGCGCAGGACUCCAAGUUGUGUUCCGUCACGAACAGCGCCUUCAAAUCGCUCGGCUUCUCGCCUGCUGUCAUCGCCGACAUAUGGAGCAUAGUCGCCGGGGUUAUACUGCUGGGCGAGUUGGUAUUCACAGAGACCCCCGAGGGUCAGCUCAAGAUUGGGGGUCCGGUGGGUCCGUGCGUGUCCGCGCUGUGGGUCACGGAGGCGGCGCUGCGCGGAUGCAUGGCGGGCCGCGUGCUGGCCGCCGGCGGGGACCUCGUCAGCAAGGAGCACUCGCUCUCAGACGCCAACUACACCCGGCUGGCCCUCAUCAAGGCCACCUACGACAGGCUCUUCACCUGGAUCGUGCAGCAGAUCAACAAAGCUAUAGAAGUGCCCUCCGGGACAUACAAGAACACGCUCAUCGGUGUCCUCGACAUAUACGGCUUCGAGAUCUUCGACACCAACAGUUUCGAGCAGUUCUGCAUCAACUACUGCAACGAGAAGCUACAGCAACUGUUUAUUGAACUGGUGCUGAAGCAGGAACAGGAGGAGUAUGCCCGCGAGGGUAUCCAAUGGACGCCGAUCAAGUAUUUCAACAACAGAGUGAUAUGUGAGCUGGUGGAUGCACCGCAUCAGGGCAUCAUUGCUAUUAUGGACGAGGCCUGUCUUAAUCCCACCAAGAUUUCAGAUAGUCAGUUACUAGAGGCAAUGGACAAAAGGUUGAGCGGCCACAAGCAUUAUACGUCCCGCCAACUGGCGCCCACAGAUAAGAAAUUGAAGCAUUCCGUCGACUUCCGAAUCACGCAUUACGCGGGCGACGUGACGUAUGCAGUGACCGGCUUCAUGGACAAGAACAAGGACUCACUGUGGCAGGACCUCAAACGUCUGCUGCGCUCGUCCGGGAAUGCAUCGCUCGCGGAAAUGUGGCCAGAAGGCGGGGACCACAUACAAAAGACGUCGAAGCGUCCCCCGUCUGCUGCGACGUUGUUCCGCAACUCGAUGUCGUCGCUGGUGAGCGGUCUGCAGACCAAGGAGCCGUUCUACGUGCGCUGCAUCAAGCCCAACCCGCUCCAGACGCCCGCCAACUGGGACGACCAGCUUGUACGGCAUCAGGUAGCAUACCUAGGCCUGGUGGAGAACGUGCGAGUGCGUCGCGCCGGGUUCGCAUCCCGGCAGCGGUACGACCGGUUCCUCAAGCGGUACAAGAUGCUGUCGCAGUACACGUGGCCUAACUUCCGCGGCACCAACGACAAGGAUGCCGUGAUGGUGCUGCUGAAGGAUUUGCAGAUCACAGACGUACAGUACGGGCAUACGAAGCUGUUCAUCAGGAGCGCGCGCACGCUGCACGGGCUGGAGGCGGCGCGCGCGGAGCUGCUGCCGUCCAUCGUGACGCUGCUGCAGAAGCUGUGGCGCGGCACGCUCGCCAGGAACCGGUACCGACGCAUGCGCGCCGCGCUACGCAUAUACAACGCCUGGAAACGGUACAAGUGCAAUCGGUACAUAGCGGAGCUGCAGGCGGAACUGAACCGCAACCGCGGCGUGGUGAAGCAGUGGCCGGCCGCGCCGCGCCGCCUGGCCGCGCCGCUGCUGCAGGCCGCGUACCGCCGCUGGCGCGCGUACCUGGUGCUGCGGCCGGUGCCGCGCGACCAGUGGCCGCAGCUCAAGAUGAAGAUCAGCGCCGCCAGCGCGCUCGCCGCCCGCCGCGCGCACUGGGGCUCCGCCCGCGGCUGGCUCGGGGACUACCUCGCCCACGACGGGUACAACCCCAAGUCCGCUCUCUACAAAGCAUCGAUAGCGAACCUCCAAAGGAGUCAGCACAUCGGCAAGCCAUUAUUCUCGUGUAAAGUCCACAAGUUCAACAGAUACAACAAGCUCGCAGAGAGAUGUUUGCUCAUUACCGAAACAGCCAUAUACAAACUGGACGCUAACACGUUCAAAGUCCUCAAGAAGCCCACGUCUAUAGCUGAGGUGGGGGCGGUGCGGAUAAUGAGCAGCGAAGUCCAACUGGUGGUAGUCAGCGUACCGUCCACCAGCAACGACCUGGUGGUGGGGCUGGUGCCCACCGCGCCUGGAGAUGACUUCGUCGGGGAACUGGUGGGCGUGCUGGCCAACAGAUACUACAUGGUGUCGGGCGGGUCGCUGUCGGUGGAGGUGGAGCGCGGGGCGAGCACGCGGUGCACGCUGGGCGGCAGGACGCGCGCGCUGCAGCUGCCGGCCGCGGCCGCCGCGCCCGCCGCGCCCGCCCCGCAGCCCUUCACGCACGCGCACAACGUCAUCACCUACCACCCGGCCUCCGCGCGGGCCUAA